GCGCUGUCUCCCCGCCCCAGCACCCGGGCUUGUAGAAUCGUCUCUUAGUCAAACUCGAGCUCUGCACGCCGUUGAAUAUGCCAGGAGGGGGAGGAGCCCUGGUGGUGGACGCCGCCGGCGCUGCGGCCUCCGGCUACAGCAGCGAGAUCACGUUCACGGUGGUGAUGAGCUGCCUCAUGGCGGCCUCCGGCGGGCUCAUUUUCGGCUACGACAUCAGUAUUACAGGCGGGUUGACGCAGAUGACGUCGUUCCUGGAGGCCUUCUUCCCGGAGAUCAUCGAGAAGAUAAACAACACGCAGCAGGACGCCUACUGCAUCUUCGACAGCCAGGUGCUCACCACCUUCGUCUCCUCGCUCUACCUCGCCGGCGUGUUCGCCUGCCUGGUCGCCGGCCACGUCACGAGGAAGGUGGGCAGGAGGAACUCCAUGCUCAUCGGCGCCUCCUUCUUCCUGGUCGGCGCCGUCCUCAACUGCGCGGCCGUCAACAUCUACAUGCUCGUCAUCGGCCGCAUCUUCCUCGGCUUCGCCGUUGGCUUCACCAACCAGUCUGCACCCGUGUAUUUGGCGGAGAUCGCGCCGGCGCGGUGGCGCGGGGCGUUCACGAGCAUCUUCCACUUCUUCCUCAACGUCGGGAUGUUCGUGGCCGACCUGGUCAACUACCGCGCCAACACCAUCCCGGGGUGGGGCUGGCGCCUCUCCCUCGGCGUCGGCAUCAUCCCGGCCGUCGUCAUCCUCGUCGGCGCCGUCUUCAUCCCGGACUCGCCCAACAGCCUGGUGCUUCGCGGGAAGGUCGAGGAGGCCCGCCACUCGCUACGCCGGAUCCGCGGUCCAGCCGCCGACGUCGACAUGGAGCUCAAGGACAUCAUGCGCGCCGCGGAGGAGGGCGGCCGGCACAAGUCCGGCGCGUUCCGCCGCAUCAUGUUGCGCGAGUACCGGCCCCACCUGGUCAUGGCGAUCGCCAUCCCGCUCUUCUUCGAGCUGACGGGCAUGAUCGUGGUCACGCUCUUCGCGCCGCUCCUCUUCUACACCAUCGGGUUCACGAGCCAGAAGGCCAUCCUGGGGUCCAUCAUCACCGACGUGGUCAGCCUCGCGUCCAUCUCCGUGGCCGCGUUCUCCGUCGACCGCUUCGGCCGCCGCUUCCUCUUCAAGCUGGGCGGCGGCGUCCUGCUCGCGUGCCUGGUGGGGAUGACGUGGAUCUUCGGCGCCGAGCUGGGCACCGACGGCGGGAAGGCGAUGCCGAGGCCCUACGCGGUGGCCGUGGUGGCGCUGGCGUGCCUCUUCGUGGCCGGGUUUGGCGUCUCCUGGGGCCCGCUCAAGUGGAUCAUCCCCAGCGAGAUCUUCCCGCUGGAGGUGAGGUCGGCGGGGCAGAGCAUGAGCGAGUCCAUCUCGCUCACGCUCACCUUCGUGCAGACGCAGUCCUUCCUUGCCAUGCUCUGCAGCUUCAAGUACGGCUCCUUCGCCUACAACGCCGGUUGGGUCGUCGUCAUGACGGCCUUCAUCAUAGCCUUCCUUCCGGAGACCAAGGGCGUGCCCAUAGAGGCCAUGGGCGCGGUCUGGGCACGCCAUUGGUACUGGAAGCGCUUCGUCAAACCGGCACCAGCGCCGGAGCCGACACCAGACAAACAGACCGACGGGUCACUUGAAAUGUAAGAAGCUCCGGCGUGGUUGUAGGGUUGACAUGCCCCAAAAAAAAUUGUACUUAUCAUAGUUUAGUGACAGUGUUGGUGUGAUACAACACUUCGAAGAUGUAUAUACAAGUGUUUUUACUAUUUCAUUUGUGCCUCAUGGUCAAGUUUGAAAAGAAAAUGUGCAUGGUGA